AUGGAUUCUGAUCUCUACGACGAAUUUGGUAACUAUAUCGGGCCUGAUCUCGACUCAGACGAUGAUGCUGAAGAAUUAGAUGAUAAUGAAAAUGACGAUGAAAAUGAUGAUGAAGCUGAAAAUGGUGUAGAAGAACAAAUGGAAGAAGACGAUGAAAUUCCACAAAAUCAAAUCGUUCUUCAUGAAGAUAAGAAAUAUUAUGCUUCAGCCGUCGAAAUUUAUGGAGAAGAUGUUGAAACAUUGGUGCAAGAAGAAGACGCUCAACCGCUAACUGAGCCAAUUGUCAAGCCAGUUUCCAAGAAGAAGUUCCAAGCCGCAGAACAUCAUUUACCCGAAACAACAUAUAAAAAGGAAUAUUUAGCGGAUCUGAUGGAUUGUCCGCAUAUUAUGCGAAAUAUCGCGGUUGCUGGACAUUUGCAUCACGGAAAAAGCACAUUUUUGGAUUGUUUGGUUGAGCAAACUCAUCCGGAAUUUUAUCGCGCAGAAGACGCGGAUACACGAUAUACUGACACACUUUUCAUCGAGCAACAAAGAGGUUGUUCGAUUAAGGCAAUGCCAGUUUCGAUUGUUGCACAAGAUAAUCGAAAUAAGAGUUAUUUGUUAAAUGUGAUUGAUACACCGGGACAUGUUAAUUUCUCUGAUGAAAUGACCGCCGCUUUUAGGUGAGAAAUCAGGGCGAACAUGAUUUUCAAAUGAAAAAAAAAACAUAAAAUGAAAAGCAAUGUUUCGAGAAAGCACCAUUACACUGUGAAAGAAUGAUAAGGAAACUUGAAAGAAAAUUGCUCAAGGUGAAAAUUGCGCAAUUCAAAAAUUACGCAAGUUUUUGAAGUUGGCGCCAGAAAAUCAACCGUGUGAGAAAAUAAGAUUUAUGCUAUUUCACCAGAAAAAGUUUGAGGUAAACGUUCAGACUAGAAUGUAGUCUAGAGAUUUUGAUGCUCACAAAUUGCACUAAUUUUUGAGAAAACUAUACUCUAGUUUUGUAAUUUCAGAGUCUGAAAAUUCUGAGCGCAAGCUGAAGAAAUUAUUAAAUAAUGAUGUUAAACUAGAAUAUAGUUUGAUUUUUGAAAGCUAAAAAAUCAACAAAAUGCAUUUAUACUUUUGACAUUUCGAAAUUCAUUCAAAGUAGUAUAAUCUAGUAUACUCUCUGAAGUCAGAAAGCCUUUCCAUAAUCUCGAAAUUAUGUUCUACAGAUUAUCGGAUGGUGUCGUAAUUCUUGUUGAUGCUCACGAAGGUGUAAUGAUGAAUACAGAACGUGCAAUUCGACAUGCAGUGCAAGAAAAACUUGCCGUCACUUUGUGCAUCUCAAAAAUCGAUCGUCUAUUUUUAGAGCUCAAAUUGCCUCCAUCAGAUGCUUAUUAUAAAUUGCGCUUAAUCAUCGAUCAAGUCAACAAUAUUCUCAACACAUUUUCCGAAGAUGACGUGGCUGUUUUGAGUCCAUUAAAUGGAAAUGUUAUUUUCUCAUCUGGUCGUUUCAAUGUCUGUUUUUCAUUGUUAUCAUUCGCCAAUUUGUAUUCCAAACAACACGGUGAAAAAUUCAAUGCAAAAGAAUUUGCGAGAAGAUUGUGGGGUGAUAUGUAUUUCGAUAAGAAGACGAGAAAAUUCGUGAAAAAAGCACCGUAUUCCGAUGCUCCGCGAACUUUUGUUCAAUUCAUUUUGGAUCCAUUGUAUAAGAUUUUCUCGCAGGUAAGAUUGGCUGGAAAUUUGGAUCAUUUUGAUUUUCAGCUGAAGAUUUAAGAUUUGAUUUCAGUUAAGCCUUGAAAUGUUGAACCUAAAUUAGCCAAAAAUGUUAAUUGGCAUGAUUUUGCCUAUAAAAAUUCGAAAAAUCUCAUUUCCGGACUGAAAAUAAGGGAUUUUAGUUCCCAACUUACGUUUUCAAGAAUAUUGAAAAAUGAGGAAAAUCCUACCAUUUUUAAAUUAAACAGGUUCAGACAUGAAAAAAAAACAAUCAGAUUUUAUUGGGACCUUAAACCUCUAAUUUCUAGCUCGAAAAUAAUUUCAUAAGAAAAAUCAAGCUAAUUAAACAUUCUUGCCUAAUUUAAAAGCUAAAAACUAUAACCUAAAGUUUUGAGAUUAUCUUGAAGUUCAGUUAAAUUCCCCACAUUCUAGCUAUUUUCAAAGCUGAAUGUCCCAAAAAAAAACAUAGAUUUUAGCUGAAACUAUUCAAAUUCUCUCUAUUUUUUGCAGGUUGUUGGUGAUGUUGAUACAGUACUUCCAUUUAUGAUGUCCGAACUUGGAAUUCGUCUUUCGAAAGAAGAGCAAAAAAUGAAUGUUCGCCCCUUGAUUGCACUUAUUUGCAAACGAUUUUUCGGCGAUUUCACCGCAUUUACUGAUUUGGUUGUGAAUAAUAUCAAAUCACCAUUGGAUAAUGCAAAAACUAAAGUUGAUCAAACUUAUUUGGGACCAUCGGAUAGUAAAUUGGCCCACGAAAUGUAUAAAUGCAAUUCGGAUGUGAGUGUUUUGAGUUUCAAAAAGGGCUGAAAAAGUCCCGGAAAAAUACGUUUCAAAAUUAUCAGUCCAAUUUUUUUGUUACUGAAAAAACAGAAGAAAUAAUUUUUUCUUCCUGUUUUUCUUCAUAAAAAUUCCAAUUUCCAGGGUCCUCUUAUGGUUCAUACCACUAAAAACUAUGCGACAUCCGAUGCAACAUCAUUCCGAGUUCUGGGUCGAGUUAUGAGUGGAACUCUCGAAGCCGGUGCUGAUGUUCGAAUUCUUGGUGAAAACUACAGUAUUCAAGAUGAAGAAGAUUGUCGAAAAAUGACAAUUGGAAGAUUAUGGGUGCAUGAAGCAAGAUAUUCAAUAGAAGUUAGUCGAGUACCAGCUGGAAAUUGGGUAUUAAUCGAAGGAAUUGAUCAACCAAUUGUGAAAACAGCAACAAUUGCAGAAUUAGAAUACGAAGAAGAUGUUUAUAUAUUCAGACCUCUUAAAUUCAAUACAAGAAGUGUUGUGAAAUUAGCUGUUGAACCAAUAAAUCCAUCGGAAUUACCAAAAAUGUUGGAUGGAUUGAGAAAAGUCAACAAAUCUUAUCCAUUAUUAACAACAAGAGUUGAAGAAUCUGGAGAACAUGUUUUGCUUGGAACUGGAGAAUUAUAUAUGGAUUGUGUUAUGCAUGAUAUGCGAAAAGUAUUCUCUGAAAUUGAUAUCAAAGUUGCUGAUCCGGUUGUUACUUUUAAUGAGACGGUUAUUGAAACAAGUACAUUGAAAUGUUUUGCCGAAACUCCAAAUAAGAAGUGAGCAUUUUGAUCUGGAAAUCUGAAAACUCGGAAUUUAUAGCCGAUAAUGAAAAUUUGGAAAGAUAAUUUUGUGCAAAAAAUUCAGAAUACUAAAGCUAAAAUUUCAGUAAAGCUUUGAUUUCUAGCUGAGCCUGGCUAUCUGACAAAAUCAAUCUGAAUUGUUAUCUGAAAUACAUAAAUUUAAAUUUAAAACUUUGAACAAUAAACUGAAAAAUCGAAAUUCCUCAAUCUCUCAAUGUUUUUUUUCCAGAAACAAAAUCACAAUGAUGGCUGAACCAUUGGAAAAACAACUCGACGAAGACAUCGAAAAUGAAGUUGUACAAAUCGGUUGGAAUCGACGAAAACUUGGCGAAUUCUUCCAAACCAAAUACAAUUGGGAUUUAUUGGCUGCCAGAUCAAUUUGGGCUUUUGGACCUGAUACAACUGGACCCAAUAUUUUCAUCGAUGAUACACUUCCAUCUGAAGUUGAUAAGAAUUUGUUGUCAAGUGUCAGAGAAUCGUUGGUUCAAGGUUUUCAAUGGGCAACAAGAGAAGGACCACUUUGUGAAGAACGUGAGUUAUUAUUUUUUUUUUUGGAUUUUUGGGAUAAUCAUAUUUGUAUUUUGCAGCAAUUCGUCAAGUAAAAUUCAAACUUCUCGACGCAACAAUCGCUCAAGAACCUCUUUAUCGUGGUGGUGGACAAAUGAUUCCAACAGCCAGAAGAUGUGCAUAUUCAGCAUUUUUGAUGGCGACACCAAGAUUAAUGGAACCAUAUUAUUCGGUUGAAGUGAUUGCACCAGCUGAUUGUGUUUCAUCAGUUUAUACGGUAUUGGCAAAACGAAGAGGACAUGUUACAACUGAUGCACCAAUUCCUGGAUCGCCAAUGUAUUCGAUUAAGGUGAGAGAUUUGCGGGAAAAGUGGGGGUAGAAUUCUAGAUUUAGCACUGAAAAAUAAGAAGAAUUUACAUCAAAAUCCUGAUUAUAUUUUUCCAGAAAAUCAUUGAAAACUAAGUUCUAAAACCCCACAAUUUUCUGAUUUCAGGCCUACAUUCCAGUAAUGGAUUCAUUCGGUUUCGAAACCGAUCUUCGAACUCAUACACAAGGUCAAGCAUUUUGUAUGUCAGUCUUCCAUCAUUGGCAAUUGGUUCCAGGAGAUCCGUUGGAUAAGACAAUUGUCAUCAAACCGCUCGAAUUACAACCAACACCACAUUUGGCUAGAGAAUUUAUGAUCAAAACUAGGUGAGGAUUUUUAGGUUCAGAAUCUGUAAAUUUAAGAAACUUUUUAUCAAGAAUACAAAGAAGCAAUUGUUUUUCCCUGAACUGCAAUUUGUUUGGCAUCUUUGUAUUCGAAUGUUAUUAUGAUCUGAAAUUAUUUUUUUCAAUUAAUUUCCUCAAUUUUUCCUUCUCAGAAAAUCUCACCUUUUCUGAAUCCAAUUUCAAUUUUUCCUUCAAAAUUUGACUGAUUUUCUUGGCAUAAUUGUCGUUUUCGGUUUGAGAUGAGGGACGGGUUGUUAGAAGCUGAAAUAUUUCGAGGAAAAGAUUUUGCUAUGAAAAAUUAGAAAUUAUUAGAAAGGGACAUAGGAAAGCUUGUUUUUACUAAAAUUUGAAAAAGCGACAAUAAAAUCGGUCAGUUUUAUAUAUUUUUUAAAACUUAAGAAUUUCUUCUGAUUUUCUAUCAAAUUUUUAAUAAUAAUGUAAAUUUAUCAUCCAGUUUUAAUCUCAGAAAUUUCUGAAAUUUUGCGAUUAGCUUAAAUAUUUCUCAAAAUUAGUACAAAUUUUAAAAAUUGUUUUAAAAAAUCUUCAAAUUUCGCAAAAUGUUGAUUUUUUAAAUGAAAAAAUCAAGCGAUGACUUUUCAAUCAAGUCUAGUCGCAAAUCCAUUUCUGGAGGGGCCUCGAACCUCCGACUAACCCGAGUCAACAUUGUUUAUCCUGUCAGAUCUCUCUCCCUCCCCCCUUUUUUCUCAAAACUCACAUUCACGAAGGCAACCGGCACAUUUUUCGCCCCUCCCAAUCCGAUUCUCAUAGCCGCCUCAAUUACCACCAAAAAUUUAUCGAUUCCCGGCAAAUCCAUAAUUUUUGCCAACUCAUACGAUAUUUCAUUUUCCAAAUUAUCCGGAAUAUCAGAAAGUCGAAUAUUUGUUCGAAUUUGAACUAUUUGCAUUUUUCGGGAAAAAAAUAUAGGAAAAAUGAGAAGAACCUGAACAAAUACAAGGUUUUUUUGUGUUUUGGGAGAAAGUAGAGAAAAAAGGGAGUUUACCUGGGGAGAAAAAUGGAAAAGUGAAGAGGAAGUUUGAUGUGAAAAGACAUAUGGCCUAAUUUACUAGUGCAAGGUGGAUAAUUUAUGAAUUUAGCGAAGUUUCAGGAAAUUAAGGGUUUGAGGCCUUUUUUAAAAUUUUUAACUGAGAAUUUGAGAAUCGAUAUGAAAAGUUACGAAAUUUUGAAUUUUUUCAAGAGGAAAAUCGGAAAAUUUCCGGUUUUCCUGGAAAUUACGAAAUUGUUUUGUUUUUUUUCGGGAAUUUGAAAAUUUAAAUUUUUUAUUCACUAGAAAAAAAUAAGGAAAUAUUCUCCGAUAUUUUCAGAUUUUUAUCAGAGUUAAAACUUUAAAAUUUGCAAUUUUUCAUAGCAUGAUAGUUUUCUAACCAAAACUCCCUAAAAACCCUGAAAAUUCAAUUUUUCUUUCAAAAAACAUCUGAAAACUGAAUCUUCACGAAAUUUACAAAUUUUAUCAAAGAUUUUUCUCGAAAAAUUUCACAAAUUUAAUUUUUUACAGCUAAAUCCCCUCAAAAAUCCUAGCUUUUCCCCCUAAUUUCCCUUUUUUUUACAGACGACGAAAAGGUCUUUCGGAAGAUGUUUCAGUCAACAAAUUUUUCGACGAUCCAAUGCUUUUGGAAUUGGCAAAACAACAAGAUGUUUUCUCGUAUUCUGGAUUUUAG